AUGUGGCAUGGAGAAGAAAGAAAUGCAAAAGAUUGGGGAUGGCAAACAACCAGGAAUGGACUGCAACCAAUAUUUUCAUGGAAUGAACCAGCGCCAAAAUGUAUUUUAGAAAAAAUUACAUGUGCGUGUACAAAAAAUUGUGGAGCCGCAUGCGGCUGCAGAAAACAAGGAUUAAAGUGUUCUACUGCGUGCAAAACAUGUUCUGGCCUUUCAUGCUUAAAUUGUGAACAGCAAAUUAUUGAAGAAGAGUCCGACAAUAAUUCUAAUGAGGAAGAGGAUGAAAUAGUAUAUGGUCCAUCAUCCAAACGCAAAAAAUGA